CACACCAUGGCGCCCAAGCAUUCUCUUCCUGAGGCUUCAUCCAGCGCACCCAAACGAAAGAAAAGCGCACCUACAGCCGACAACCGCCUACUCAUACUCGAAACUACACUCAAUCAAGCCCUCGAAUCAUCAGCAUCUCUGAAUCCCUUGGUCGAUCUUCUCGCUCUUGCCGAGUCGGACGACGCGGGUGUAGUGCACAAGGCCAUAUAUGCGCUCUAUCGGGUGUUUGUAGUGUCUAUUGACAAGGGAAUGCUUAGUCUUGAAGCUGGAGAGGCGGGGGGGAAAGGGGGUGAAGAAGAAAAUGUGGCCCUCGUACGUGCAUGGUUGAGGGAGAGAUGGGAGGAGUAUAUCAACUUGUUAGGGAAGUUGAUGCACCACGAGGAGACUGGAAUCAGAACCGCUGCGCUAGAGAUACUCAUGGCCUUACUGAAGCCAUGCUCCUCUGCGCUUUCAAAACGCACUCGUCAGCCGAGAAUGGACGGUGCUUUCUUCCGCCGAGUCGUCAGUGCGCUGCUUCUCGGGCAAUCCCCAGCUUCGCUCACUCAAGGAACAUCCAAUUCUGAGGGCGGGAUACUCAUGCAACCCGAUAUUUGCGACUUAUUCCUCGCCAAGUGGCUUAGCGUACACGACGAUGUGCGAUGGUUCUUCCUACGCGAAGCCACAGGGCUCUUGCAAAAAGCAACCCCAAGUACACCUCCCAUCCCUCUCGCACAGAACCUCCUCUCCCUCCUCGAGCGCCUAAACACGAUGCCCACCAAGCCCAAAGAGGUGAACGCCUUCUGGAUCCAGGAGCUAGCUUCCAAGCCCGCUAAACCUGGCAUCUCAAAUACUUCCAACGCUGGAGGAGAAGAAGAUCCUGACCCCUCUGACUGGCUUUCCUACUUCGAGGAACCUGUGCCAACUUCAGAUCAAGACGCAACUAAGGCUCCUCGGCGCACCACGAAGCUUUCAGUCCUCCAGAGCUUACACCACCUGCCUUCGCACCGUGCCGUCUUCUCUGAGUGCUGGCUUGCCCUAUUACCGCACCUUACUACGCCUGCUCUCGCCAGCAGAGCACUCAGUGUGCUGCACAAGAAGGUGCUGCCGAAUUUUACACGGCCGCUGAGACUUAUGGACUGGAUUGCAGGGUGUGUCGAUCAUGGAGGAGUUAUCGGCCUGCUUGCUCUAAACGCCCUGUUCACAUUGAUGAAGGAUCAUAACUUAGAUUAUCCGGACUUCUACAAACGCCUGUAUGCUUUCCUCACCCGUGACGUCCUGCACCUCAAAUACCGCGCCCGUUUCUUCCGUCUCACAGAGCUCUUCCUGUCUUCUACUCACCUCCCCGUCGCGCUCCUAGCUUCCUUCCUCAAGCGUCUCUCCCGUCUCUCCCUCUCUGCACCGCCAUCGGCUCUCGUCCUCCUGCUUCCCUUGACAUACAACAUCCUCAAAGCCCACCCAUCGCUCAUGCCCAUGCUUCAUCGUGAACCGCCAGCAGCAGGAGAAGACACAGACCCGUUUGACCCCCAGGAGCCAGAUCCCAUGAAGACGAAUGCACUUGGAAGCUCACUUUGGGAGCUUGCGAGCCAUAGAGAACAUUAUCUCGCGAGUGUGAGCACUAUGGCGCGCAUCUUAUCAGAACCGUUCACAAAGCCGUCGUAUGCGCUGGAGGACUUCCUUGACCAUACAUAUGGAACCAUGUUCGAAACGGAGAUCAAGAGGAAAAUCAAGCGCGACCCGGCGCUUGCGGGGGACUAUCAGGGGGAGAUAUUCCCGCCUGCUACGAUGGCGCUAGGGAUGGAGAAGGAGAACGGAGAGAAGAUAGGGGAUGUCGUGGCACAGUUAUGGGGAUUCGGAGUUAUGGUAUGA